GGAUUGUAAAUCAAUCGUCGAUUCUGCUUGAGAAUCGUUGUCAAGAUGGCGGACGUGAAGCAAGCCGCCCAGAAAAGUGCUAAAAUCGCAGCUGGGGCAGUGGUCUGCGUUGAAUGCGAAAUAAGAGGUGAUGUGACCAUUGGUCCAAGGACAGUGGUCCACCCCAAGGCUCGCAUCAUAGCCGAGGCAGGCCCCAUUGUCAUCGGAGAGGGCAAUUUAAUCGAAGAGCAAGCUCUUAUCAUUAACGGAUACCCUGAAAACAUUAUGCCCGAUGCAGAGGGCGUGGAGCCCAAGACCAUGACGAUCGGAACAAACAACGUCUUUGAAGUGGGAUGCACAUCCCAGGCUUUGAAAAUCGGGGAUAACAAUGUUAUAGAAUCCAAAGCUGAGGUGGGCAGGAAUGUCAUCCUCACGAGCGGCUGCAUCAUCGGGGCCUGCUGCCAGGUGAACACCUGCGAGGUCAUCCCGGAGAACACGGUCAUCUACGGCUCGGGCUGCAUGCGCCGGGUCCAGACGGAGAGGCCACAGCCGCAGAGCCUCCAGCUAGAUUUCCUCAUGAAGAUUCUUCCUAAUUACCACCACCUGAAGAAAACGGUCAAAGCAAACUCCACGCCUGCAAAAAACUAGCAUUGUGUUGAUCUGACUCUGAGCUCACAAAAUUACCACAGAACCAUGUCCAGGAAAGCCCUAGAACAGCUGGACCUGACAAUGUGCAGACCUGUGAUGCCUACCUUCCACUGUACAAGAGUUCACACACGAAAAUUUUUCCUGUCUUAACAUGACCAAAUAUGAGUAUACGCAUUUUAAAGCAACACUAAACUACAGAAGUAAACUAAUAUUUAACAUGCUCCUUACAGUUUAGUAGGGUGACCCACUGAAGUGCACAAAAUUGUAUCAGGGCACAGAACUUUUCAGCCCCAUUCACUCUGAAGUCUGAAAGUUACAUUUCCCCUUUGCAGUGUAUUUGAAGUGAAAGAAUGCUUGAUUUUGGACUCUCCUCAAGUGGUCAGUAGUUUCAUGAUCUCAGCAUGAGACCGCAAAGUGUGCUGAAGUCCCUUCAGGUUCACCCCACUUGGUCUCCAAUCCAAUCAUUCAGUGGUUUUUUGUGGACUUGAUUGCUGCAAAGUUUGUUAAAGAAUACUCCAAGAAUUUCACACAAGCUUUAUUUUCUUGAUUAAUGGAAGCUCACAGCUUUCCAGUGUUGAUUUCUGCUACAAUAAAUGGGAGGUACAACACAUACAUUUAAACUGUUACUGUUCGGUUAUAAGUUAUACAGCAUACGUUUAUUUAUUUAUGUGUAUUUUUCUGAUGUCACUCCCCUGAUGUUGAAAUCAUAUAUAUUUACUGA